AUGCUGCCUAAAACUGCUUCAUUUGAUGCACUGCCCAAGAAUUUCAGGGCCAGUUUGAGAAGGACACAAAGUGUCGAGGGAUCCGACAUUUUUGAUUACAUGGACGAAGGAAUUUCUAGAAGCCCAUCCCAAUACUCUGGAAUCCUGACCAUUGCUCCACCAUCUGCCAAACAAUCCGGAGACUUUAGCAAUUUGUCCACAGAAUUCGUGGUGCCUCCACAACCAAAAAAUGAGGAACCAUUGAGGAGAAAACUCCCAAUCUUUAACUCUGUUAUUUUUUUUUAUGAAAAAACAUUUCGCGAAAAACCGCCGCCUGUCGGCGGCUACAAUCUCCUGGCUACACUUAAAACGUUCGCAUCUCGAAACAUGAGAAAAUAG